AUGAAAGUCAAGGCUCUCUCACGCUCGUCCAACGACUAUGUGCGUGAACGAUCGCAAGACAUUCACAAAGUGCAACGCAACCUUGAUCCAACAGCACAUCCCUUCCAACAAGGCCGAGAGUAUGUUCGUGCAUUGAAUUCGGUGAAGCUCGAUCGUAUGUUUUCCAAGCCCUUUAUUGGUGCCAUGGGUGGACACAUUGACGGUGUAUAUUGUAUGGCCAAGCACCCGAAUCAGUUGAACACUGUGAUCUCUGGCAGUGGUGACGGUGAGAUUCGAUUAUGGAAGCUAUCCGAGCAAGAGACCGUAUGGCGUACGAGUGGUCAUAAUGGCAUUGUACAAGGAGUAUGUGCAGGUUCCAACAGCGGCCAUUUCCUAUCAUGCUCCACCGAUAAGACUGUCAAGAUUUGGGAUACGACAUCUUCGAGCGAGCCUGUUCAAACCUAUCUCGCUGAUCACGCUCUUAUGGGAUUGACGCAUCAUCGUAAGGAUCCUUUAUUCGCAACAGCGGGUCGUACAGUCAACGUGUGGGAUGAGAAUCGAUCCGAACCUAUCCACUCUUUCGAAUGGGGUGCCGAUUCAUAUCAAUCUGUCAAAUUCAACCAAGUCGAGACCAACAUCUUUGCCAGUUGUGGCACUGAUCGCACCAUUGUUUUGUACGAUAUGCGCACUAGUCAACCCUUAUCCAAGCUCGUCAUGUCUUUACGUACCAAUGCUAUUGCAUGGAAUCCCAUUGAAGCUUAUACAUUUGCUACGGCCAACGAAGAUCACAAUGCAUAUAUCUUUGAUAUGAGAAGGAUGGAUAGCGCACAAAAUGUUCUCAAGGACCAUGUUUCCGCUGUCAUGGAUAUCGAUUAUUCCCCCACAGGUCAAGAGAUUGUCACAGGAUCAUACGACAGGACGUUACGACUCUUUGAUGUACGACGAGGUCAUAGUCGGGAUGCAUACCAUACCAAGCGAAUGCAAAGAAUCUUUUCGGUGCAAUUCACCAUGGAUAGCAAAUACGUUCUCUCAGGUUCUGAUGAUGGCAACAUUCGUAUUUGGAAGGCUCGUGCUUCUGAGAAACUGGGAAUUACAGAUUGGCGGGAGCGUCAAAACCUCGAGUAUGCCGAAUCUCUCAAGGAACGUUUCAAGCACAUGGACGAGAUUCGACGUAUCGGUCGUCACAGACCUUUACCCAACGAUGUCAGGAGAGCCGACAAGCUCAAGAAAGAGAUGUUGGGAGCACAACGCCGAAAAGACGAGAAUCGCCGCAAACACAGCAGGAAGGCUGCUCAAGAAAAGCCUGUUGCCGAACGAAAAAAGGCUAUCAUUGGUGUUGCCAAGUAA